AUGAAGUUUUUUUCCUGCGUCCCCGCCUUCUCUCAUUCCUUCUUUGUUCCUUCUCAUCCCCGUUUUUCCCUCCCCUAUUCCUACGUCCCUCGGCAGUCGGUGGUGGCGGCGGACGAGCUGGAGACGCUGCGGUCCGCUCGGGUGGCGCCGGGCGCGCCGGUGUUCGACCUACGCUGGUUCAACCCGAGGUCGUAUAUGCGGGUAGUGGUGCAUCUAGGAGGGCUAGUUUCUUCCACACACCUGCAGAGUAACGAAGUGACAUGA